AUGGUGUCCUCGGCUGAUUCAGUCCGUUCACGUUUGCCUGUCAAGUUUUCUGACAGAGAUGAUUCCAUUAUUUCUGGUCACCCUGCAAGAAGCGUCUCCGGUCCUGUCCCAUUGACGUCGACCAGUCCUACCCGUCAAGCACCUAGCACUACCAGAUUUCACCUCGCUUCACUUCUCAGUGUACCGGUUAUUUUCUUUUGGAACAGCCCGAAACGACUCCUCCCCAUUCUCCCGGUAUUCUUCGUAUUUUUGUGGGAGAAGCUUGCAGAUAUUCAACACAAGCCAACCAAGCCAUUCUACAACAACACCCCACAGGACUGGGCCACCAUUUUCAUAUUCGCCUUCUUCCUUCGUUACGCCCGCCUAUUCUGCAACAUCUGGGGAAGCUGGCAAUAUAAACCAGCCCCUGUGCUAAAGAAUGCAAGUUGGACUAGUCAAGACGUCACCGUGGUCCUCCCCACCAUCGAUCCGGAUAACCCAAAGUUCGACGAGUGCAUCCUCUCCGUGCUCGAAAACCGGCCUGCCGCAAUCCUCAUCGUGACCGUGGGCGCCAAGAUGCGCGGUCGCUGCGAAGAGCUUGCCCAAGUAUACCGCAAAAAAUACACCUCCACAAAAAUCGGCGUGAGCGCCAUCCUCCAUCCCUCGAAGCGUCGUCAAGUCGCCCACGCCGUGCCCCACGUCGAGACCAGGUUCACCAUCAUCGCAGACGACCAUGUCUUCUGGCCCAGCACCAACUUCAUACCCUCGAUCCUAGCCCCCUUUGAGGAUGUCAGAACGGGCGUGGUGGCAACCUACAAGCGUGUCCGUCGGACGACGCCCGGUGAAUGGUCCAUACCUUCCAUCGUGAACCUGAUCGGCUGCUUCUACCUGCUCCGCCAUAACUGGGAACUGCGCGCCUCCAACGCCAUCGAUGGCGGCGUCUUUGUCGUCUCCGGUCGCACCGCCGCGUACCGAUCCACGCUCCUCCAGUCUAAAGGGUUCAUGGAAAGGUUCUGCAACGAGCACUUCUUUUUCGGCAUGUUUGGCGGUAAUCGGGGUCUGGGCCCCGACGACGACAAUUUUAUCACGCGCGAGGCGUACCGAGAAGGCUGGGACAUCAAGUUCCAGCAUACGGACGACUGCACGGUGGAGACGUCGCUGGGCGACGAGAGCGUGGAGAAGUUCUGGGGACAGCUGGUCCGCUGGGCGAGGACGACGUUCCGGAGCAACCCGUGCAUGUUGAGGCGGGUAAGCGACGUGUAUAAGUGGCGGAUGCCCUUUACCUACUUUGCAGUCUACGGAGCCGCCCUCUUCAAUUUUGCUCUCCUCUGGGACGCAGCUCUUUUGGUUUCUUUCUAUCUUUCAUGGUUCACUCCGGGAUUCUUCUCGAGAGAAAUGGGCCUGCUUGCGCUUUGGAUCCUGUGGUCCAAGACGAUCAAGCUAUGGCCGCACAUCCUCCGCCACCCCUCGGAUCUUCCCUUGGUAAUUUGUCAGAUCCUCUUCGCUUACUUUCACUCCAUCAUCAAGUUUUGGGCACUCGUCACAUUUUGGGACUACACUUGGCUGGGUCGGAACCUGGACGCCGUCGACGCCGAAGCCGAGAGGUUUGAAGACUAUCUGGUCGAAGACUUCAGCUUUGGGUCUGAAGCAAGCAAGAAUAUAGGAGUCCUGUAG